GUUAAAUUACUUUGUGUAAUCGUGAAAAUCUAAAUAAAUACUUAUCACGCGUCUUAAAGGGUGAGAAAAUAGGUAAUACAAGAAGUAUCUACCUGCACAGGUGUUCAGUUUACUUAAAAAGUGAGAUAAAAUAUUCCCGAGUAUUUCCUGAACUUAGUGCAACUCCAAGCACAUUUCAUAAAACAUAAGUGCAAAAUGGUUUCGAAGCUGAUGCAAUUUUCUACUUGUACGUUGUUCGUGUGCGCACUGUUGGUGUUUAGCAUACCCUCUGAGACGGAGAGCCGGCGUGUGAUCUUCUAUGCGCCACAACGUAUACAAAUUUUGACGUCACAGAUUUUAUCGUCGCGAGCAAAAGAAAAGCCUUGUGCGAAGUGUCAUAUGCGAGAUCAUCGGGGGAUUUGCCGACGCGUUUUAUCAUUCAAUAGCAAUGGUAUUAAAUGUUGAAUUAUUGCUGUGACAAAAUCGCUGCAUCUCUACCUGGAAUCUCUACCUGUUGUGCCCUAUGCCCGAAUGAGUAAGCGAUUUGGAUUUGGUGUUUGAGCGAGCGGUUUUAUGACAUAAGCAAAUUUUAUUUAUAAUUUAUUACGUUUACUAAUUUAUUGUAGUUUUAAGUGGUUCAAAAUGAAAUAUUAUAGAAAAUAUUUUAACCAUU